AUGAAGUUAUCCUUUAAAGAGCAGCACGAUUUUGAGCAAAGAUGCGCUGAUUCUACCAAGAUCAAAAAGAAGUACCCCAACAGGAUCCCUGUCGUCGUGGAGCGUCAUCGGAAUUCUCAGGUGGCUGACAUCGACAAGCACAAAUUUUUAGUCCCUAACGAUCUCACUGUCGCGCAGUUUCUUUGGAUAAUCCGCAAACGCAUUUCGGUUUCGGAGGAUAAAGCCUUGUUUUUAUUUGUGGGUAAUACCGUCCCACAAUCUAGCUCUACCAUCGGUCAACUCUAUGCGGAUUGUUGCGAUGCGGAUGGGUUCCUCUACACUCAGUAUAGCAGCGAGAAUUCAUUUGGCGAGUGA